AUGCUCGCCUCCCUUCUGCGUCCCAAGAAACGGCGAGUCUAUGCAGACCGAUCGCCAUUCUCAUCACCGUACACCACUCGGGAUUCGCCAUGGCCUUUUUUCCAGGACCAUCCGUCCCAAGGGCAUCCUGGGCCGGGCUACGGAGAGAUUCACGAGGAGGGGCCUGACGCAAUGCCUGGACAGGAUGAAAGUAAUGAGGACGACGAUGGCCCGAUGGAGUCCACACCUUUGCUUCCGAUUUUCUCUGCCUCGCAUCUAGGUACGGACACUAUACUUGAUACUUUGCCGGUUUAUGAUAUCACGCAUGCCAUACGUCCUCUAAUCGUUUCUCGCUGCGAAACCACCCUGACUUGGGACCAAUUGAGGUCUCCGCAGAUCUCUCAAUUCCUAGUCAAGCCUAUUCAGCAGAAGAUACGAGCCUUGCACUUCUCCCGGGCUACAUUGUACGCGCUGAUCACGAAUUGCCUCCAAUUCACGAAGGAGGUUCAUCUGAAUCCAGGGAAUAGCGGCGUGAGCCAGACCAGGGCCAUGGUGAGCGAGCUUCUUGCCAUCAAGUUGCUGAGAGAAUAUACGACGCGAGAAUUGAUUGACGCGCUAUCCUAUGAAUUCUAUCCGCUCAACGGCCAAACGCCAACCGUGACUGCAAGCUCCGAGCGGGCCCCUGGCUGGUAUUCGGCCCAGGGAAGCAAGCGGCCGGCUAUCGCUCGUAUCUCCUGCCUGGAGGUGGCCAUCCGCGCCCAGGCGAAGAGAUUCUUGUCGCAUCCCCUUGUGGUACAACAACUUGAAGCGAUAUGGGCUGGCACGAUCGUCUUUCAUUCUGCGGCUGACAAUCUCCAUCGCUCGCCGGCCCAAACCCAGAGUAACGGGAGACCGCAAUACGGUACGACUCUCAACCCAUCUCCCGCUGGCGUGUCACAUCAGUCGCAGUCCAAUGUAUCUGGAAAUCGACGCUCGGUCACCAUUUAUGAUCCAAGAGAUGCCUCUCUGUUCAAACUUUCCCGGCUACGGGUGCCUCGAUACAGACAGUUCUUGUCAACCUUGUCAUUCGCAGUUCUGCUGGGGCUGUUCCUCGCCGUCUUGAAUCAGCGUAGUCUCGAGAUCACUCCGUUGGAAAUCAUUUUCUGGCUUUGGAGCGCUGGCUUUAUGCUUGAUGAGAUUGUCGGUUUCAACGAACAAGGAUUCAGUCUGUAUCUCAUGAGCUUCUGGAACCUGUUUGAUCUCGGUAUCUUGUUCCUCCUUUUCUGUUAUUAUUGCAUGAGGCUUUAUGGCGCUAUUUUGCCCUACACCCGCAAUCAGGUGGUGGCAGACCAAGCAUACGACAUCUUGGCCGCAAAUGCAGUCCUUCUCUUUCCGCGACUUUUCUCGGUCCUUGACCACUACAAAUAUUUCUCCCAGUUGCUUAUUGCUUUCAGAAUCAUGGCUUCCGAUCUGAUCGCGGUAUUUCUAUUGAUCAUCAUUGCCUGCAGCGGUUUUUUCGUCGCGUUCACGCAGGCCUUUGGCAGCGAUGAAGACCAUUCGCCUGGUGCCGUUGCUUAUGCCUUGUUCCAGAUGCUGAUGGGAUUCACCCCAACAGCAUGGGGUCUCUGGGAUGACUACAACACACUGGGCAGGGUGAUUCUGACAGUGUUUUUGUUUAUCUGUCACUUUGUUGUCGUCACAAUCCUGAUCACGGUCUUAACCAACUCCUUCAUGAAAAUCGUGCAAAAUGCCAACCAGGAACACCAGUUCCUCUUCGCCGUCAACACAAUCUCCAUGGUCAAAUCAGACGCCCUCUUCUCUUAUGUCGCGCCAACUAAUAUCUUUGCUUGGCUGAUCACUCCACUUCGUUAUUUCAUGUCCUUUCGAAAGUUCGUUCGGAUCAACCGGACGAUCAUCAAGAUCACCCACUUGCCAAUCUUGUUUACGAUCUGUUUCUAUGAGAAGGCAGUCCUGAGCCCUCAGGUGAUCGAUUCUACCGAUUUGGUGGAUUCAGCAUCUCCAUCUCAAUCAGCGGGUCGCCAUCAGGCCCGUACUGGCCGAUUUAGGGCUUUCAGCUCCCAAGCUCAUCGCUUCGUUCGAGAACCAUCGGUGGCAACAUACCAAAAGGAUCGUGCUUUGGACGAGGUGUUCCGACGGCCAUUCCACGAUGCAACGUCUCGAGGGCCCGGCGGAAACCUCAAUCCAAGAGAAAACCAUAGUGCUGUCAACAAAUGGAUGCAGACCAUGGGAUUGGGCCCUGUGAACCCUCCUGAUGAGCAGGACUCGGAAGAAGUUGAGCGUCUGGAAAGAUCACCAAGAGGUCGAUUGGGCUUCAACCGGAGGCUUACCAGGAGCUUACGCGAUCUAACAGAAUCAAAUCGCUCCGCUAACUCCGAUAUUGAUCAUACUCAUCAAGUGGCAUCCUCACCCGCGACGCCACGUAAUGGCAGAGCCUUCCUAACCCCAAUGAGGACAAGGCAGCUUUCGCGACACACGGGCAUGGAAGGCGACGAUGAGCUAACGAGUGAUGAUAAUGGCGGAUGGGCUGAAGAACAGCCGUUGGUUCCAAUGCAUCCGGAAGACGAUACUCUCAGGAAAACCAAACAAAGCCCAAUCAAUACUCCGCCCAAAUUUUUCAGCUCUCGACCGUCAACGGCUCGACUCAAGUCUCGCAAGACCAGCCCCGCUCGGCGGAUCAAGUACCACACGCGGAACUACUCAGGCGCUACUAUGCUGUACAACCCAAUUUCGUCGGAUAGCAAUCAUGAGGAAGCUCCAGCUUCACCGAGACCUAUCCGGCCGAGAGCUGAGACGCCUGAUCGUGCAGGUGGCGUUAGAGUCUCCACAUCUGCUGACCAGUGGACGCUGAGGAGACAUAGUACAGAGGGUGGCCGACUUCGAAACGUGACUAUGACCCGGUCUGAUCCAAUGUCUGUACCCGGUCAGGGUGGGUUUUCCGUGCCCGAUUCACACUUCCAGAGGCGUCACCAAGCGUCCAUUCUGGAUGGCCUAGGCUCUGAUUUGGGAGAUAAUAAAGCGAUUACGCAUGGCUUUCUGGGCGGCGUUCCGUCGAGCCUAACGACUCAGAUUGCCUACGCCACAGGCAAUAUCCGCCGUCCUGAAAGCCCGGGCAGCAGCCAGGAUAUGCUCAGCAAGCUUGUGCUAGCUCGUAUGAACAAUAUCGAGGAAGGCUUCCGUGAGGUGAUCAAAGAAGUCAAGGACCUCCGGCGCGGAGGGACCAGCCGGAGCGAAAGUCGAAUUGAUGAGCAAUGGAGCGCCCAACGCGAGAAGAAAAAGCGACGUGCAGAGAAAAAGGAGCCGAAGAAGGAUGCUCAAGGGUCUCGGAAGAGCAAGACGAGCAGCGAAGGGCAAUGGUCGGAUGUACCCCCGACCCAGCCUAGGGAGAAGACCACGUAG